UCCGCCAUUUGCGUAAGUCGAUUUCAUUGUUUCUGUGUGUGUGAGCUUAGAGCAAAGGGAAACGUUGGCGAUGGUAAUAUUCGUGCGCAUUUGGAAAAACAUGGAACGAGUCGAUUAGCGUAAUACCACGCACGCUGUAACGCACAUAUAUCCGAAUAUAUACUCUUCCGAAAGUAAUGAUGAUAUUUGGCCAAAAUCUUUUCAUGUAAAACGAAGAAAAGUAUUAGAUCAUUGUACAUUGAAAAAUGCUGAUUAAAUAAUAUCAAAGAAAACUGAUUAGUCUACCAAAGUAGCAAGUAUUUGAUAAAUACUAUGGGGGCAUUUUUGGAUACUCCUAAAACGGAUAAAUAUAAUGAACAUGGAGCUGGCAAUGGAUUGCGAUAUGGCGUUGCCAGCAUGCAGGGUUGGAGAUUGGAAAUGGAAGAUGCUCACAGAGCUAUAACUGGAUUAGAAGGUGGCCUUUCAGAUUGGAGUUAUUUUGCGGUGUUUGAUGGUCAUGCAGGUGCAUUGGUAUCAGAACAUAGUGCAGAGCAUUUGUUAGAGUGCAUAAUGAAGACUGAAGAAUUCAAAGCCGAAGAUGUCAUCAAAGGAAUACAUUCUGGAUUUCUUCAGCUUGACGAUGAAAUGAGAGACUUACCAGAAAUGAGCUCUGGAACAGAUAAAUCUGGUUCUACAGCAGUUUGUGCAUUUAUAUGUCCCAGAAAUAUAUAUAUUGCUAAUUGCGGCGAUUCUAGAGCUGUACUCUGUAGUUCUGGAAGCCCAGUAUUCUCAACAAGAGAUCAUAAACCUUUUUUAACAGCAGAGAAAGAAAGAAUACAAAAUGCAGGUGGAAGUGUAAUGGUACAAAGAGUAAAUGGUUCAUUAGCAGUUUCAAGAGCACUGGGAGAUUAUGAGUACAAAAAUUUGAAAGAUAGGGGCCCCUGCGAACAGUUAGUGUCACCAGAACCAGAAAUAUUCGUAAGAGACAGAGAUGAUGAACACGAUGAAUUUCUAGUUUUAGCAUGUGAUGGUAUUUGGGAUGUAAUGAACAACGAAGACUUAUGUAAUUUUAUACGAUCAAGGCUAUUGCUUACGGAUGACUUAGAAGCAGUCACAAACCAAGUCAUAGACACAUGUCUUUACAAGGGUAGCAGAGACAAUAUGAGUAUAGUCUUGGUUACGUUUCCUGCUGCACCAAAACCAAAUUCUGAAGCACAGGAGAAGGAAGCUGAGCUGGAAAUGGCCAUUGAAAGGAGAAUUAAAGAAAUAGUAGCAGAACAAAAACAAGAGGAUAAGAUUGACUAUUUGAAACUAUUACAACUUCUUGUGGACCAAGAGUUUCCCAAUCUGCCUCCUGGUGGUGGUCUUUCAGCUAAGCAACUUUUGAUCGAACAAGUGUUUCGAGAAUUAUGUCCUAAGAAAGCGGAUAGUUGCCCUGAGGGAAAGCAAUUGAUAUCAUACUUGUGAUAUGCAACAUUUUGCACAUAAUUAUUCUGCUGGAGUGGAUUAUAUCUCAAUUAUAAUAUUACUAGCUAUUUAGUUUGACAUUUGAUUUUACUUUUAUAAUUUAAUAUUUCAAAGCCAUUAUUUACCAAUGAUAUUCUAAAUAGAAUUAAUCGUAUAACUGUGAAAAAUUGGAUAGAUGUGUUUGCCAAUUUUUAAGCUUUUAUAUGAUGUUUAAUGAUUACAACAUAGUUCCCUUUAAAAACAAAAAUUAAUUUACAAAUUACAACAUUGAUGGUAGUAAAACAUUCUGGAAAAAAUAAAAACAUUCGUGAGAUAAGUUUUAUGAAAUCAAUAUAAAUUCCAAAAGAACAGAAACUAUUUUAUUUUUGGCUUGCAUUAAAAAAAAAUAUUCUUUAAAUAUAUAUAAAUUUUAAUUUAUUAAUGUCUUAUUAUUUGAACUAUAUCCUAUUUAUAUGUAAAAUAUUAUGAAAUUGUUGACUUUGUGGGUGUGUGUAUAUAUAUAGAAAUAUGAUUUAUGAUAGUACAAACAUUUAAAAGUAGUUUUAAAUAAAACAGGUCGUUGAUCCUAACUUGAAUGUGAA